AUGACAGCUAAUACACGUGCUGUUCUGUGCAGUGAAGACUUCAACAAUGUGAUCGUUGUGGCCACUCAAUUUGGUCACGGUCGAUGUUUAAUAUUUGCACAUAACGGCUAUACCGAGAUUUUUCUUAAUGAUGAAACCGAAGAUCAAGAUUUUGUUGAAAAUUGUCUACAAUGGCUCGCUCGCGGAUAUGAUACUGAAUUCGAAUCGAUCAAUGAUACAGAUUCGAUGGAUAAUGUGGCACGAGAUGAUAAAAUACUGAUAUGGAAUGGACAUGAGGCGAAGAAUGAUUCCUUUAUGAGUGAUCUGUGUGCAUAUUUACAAGAUGGAGGUUCUCUGAUUUGUGGAGCAACUGCCUGGGGUUGA